CGACUAUAUCAACAGACGGAUAGAUCCGAAUAACGUAGAAGACAGAGCACGAAAAUGGCGGAUUUAUCACUGAUACUCGUUAACCGCGAGCCGGCCGGAAUCGCCACCGUCACAAUUAACAGGCCGAAGUCUUUGAACUCGCUGACGAAGCAAAUGAUGACGGAUCUAGCUACGGCGUUCAAGUUGUUGGACGCCGACGAGAUGGUUCGGGUCAUAAUACUUUCCGGUUCCGGUCGAGCAUUCUGCUCCGGCGUGGAUUUAACGGCUGCCGAGGACGUGUUUAAGGGGGAUGUGAAGGAUGUCGAGACCGACCCGGUUGCCCAGAUGGAGCGGUGCAGAAAACCCAUUAUUGGAGCCAUCGGUGGGUUUGCGGUCACUGCUGGUUUCGAGAUUGCUUUGGCUUGUGACCUUUUGGUUGCUUCCAAAGACGCUAAGUUCAUGGAUACCCAUGCUAGGUUUGGGAUAUUUCCUUCAUGGGGUCUUUCUCAGAAGCUUUCAAGGAUUAUAGGACCCAACAGAGCUCGUGAAGCUUCUCUGUCUGCCAUGCCCAUAACUGCAGAACAAGCUGAGAGGUGGGGCUUGGUAAAUCAUGUUGUUGAAAGUAGUGAACUGUUGAAGAAGGCUCGACAAGUUGCAGAAAGCAUAAUAAAGAAUAAUCAAGACCUGGUUAUGAGGUACAAGGCUGUUAUUAAUGAUGGGCUCAAACAAGACUUGGGUCAUGCUCUUGUACUGGAGAAGGAGAGGGGUCACGCGUAUUACAAGGGGAUGUCUAAAGAUCAGUUCAAGAAAAUGCAGGAGUUCAUAGCUGGUCGAAGCUCGAAUAAAACUCCUUCCAAGUUGUAAUCAUUCAUUACUCCUUUUACUUCCUGUUGUCAAAAUAAAUUUGUUGGUCCACCAAAACGUCGAAAAGAGCAAUAAAAUGAUCCUGGCCACAAUUUACCAUGUGAUCAUGCCGCAGAUUUACCAUGAAGUUUCAAGUUCUUUCUAGGAGGUGUGAAUAUACCUGGAAAAAGUCGAUAACAUUAUCUUGGCCACCUAAUUUACCCUGGAAAGACUACCAUGUGUGACACUCCAGAUCUACCAUUAGGUUAGGUAUACAAGCUCUUUCUACAAGGUCCAUCAUUUGUGUGGAGAUGGGUCUUAAUUCUUUCUCUUUGCUCAUUUGUUGCAUACGUUCUGUGAUUGGGUUGUAUCUUUGGAGACUUGGCAGGUAAUUUAAUCGAUGGAAGACCUGCUUGGAGGGUUAGUCAUUGGAGCUACCGGAACACCGCAGCCCAACCACGAUGACUGUGAAAUUAGCUUCUGAUUACCGUCAACGGGCCUCCAGAAGCAUAUUAUCAUUCACUCAGCUUCCCAUUGAAACCAAAAUCUGUGUGCACUUCUCAAUCAUCACUCCAUGCUUCUUUAGAAUUUGUAGAGAAAGGAAAGUGAUCCAGAGCAGGAUGGGUUGACAAGAGGCUACAAGUUUAUGUGCAGUGCAGUGCAGUGCCGUUCAUAUAAAAGCUAUAAAUUACCACUUUCUGUGAAGCAGCAACAAGCUAGAAAGCGAUGAAGAUGAUUCACAUUAAUAAUUUCAAAAUGGCAAUUCACUGCCAUUUUAACUAAACUUCAUAUCGACUCUCUCUCUCUCUCUCUCUCUCCUACCUAUUAAAGUAAAGGAGAAAACUAGCUGCAAAAGGGCUCUUAAAUGGUCCCAUCUUAAAGAAUCUUUUGACCUUUUCUUGUAGACCUCAAUUGCACCAUUUUUUUUUUUUUAACGAUUAAAGUUGUUUGAACCAAUUUAAACGUAUUUCAACCAAAUUUCUUUUCCGAUUUAGUCAAAGACUCCUAUUGCACCAUUCAAAGAUCCCAUUAUGAACAAAGACUCCUAUU